CGUCGAAGUGUAUACGGUGUGCGUGCCGGUGUUUAUUAUUUUUAUACGAUCUGCCGUGCCGAACGAGUUUUAAAGUUCCGCUGCAAUAUUCCAAGUAGGUAAAACAAUCAUUUAAAUGCCGAUCGACCAGAAACGCAUAAACGGUCCAGAAGGCUCCGUCCCCUACCAAAUAUUCGGUAAAUACCGUGACAAAACAUUCGAGGAACGGCUUGAGGAUGUUUUUGAUUCCACCGGAAGAAGGAAGUGCGGCCGUGGCGAAAACGAAAGUCGAAAGUAUUUUAUGAAACUCGGUGUUGUUUCCACUGCCAAAGGGUCCGCGUAUCUCGAAUUGGGUAACACUAAAGUGAUUGUAUCCGUGUUUGAUCCUAGAGAGAUUCCAAAACAGAACAAAUUCCGUGAACUGGGCGUAUUGUACUGCGAUUUUAAAUUUUCGCCCUUUUCGUGCACCCACAGGAAAAAUCCGCAAACGGACGCUGAAGAACGUUCACUGGCAGCAGCCAUGGCGAAAGCUUUACAGCCAGUUGUUUGUCGGCAUUUGUUUCCCAACUUUCAGAUUGAUAUCUUUGCUAACGUGCUGGAGGAUGAUGGAUCCGUCCUGGCCGCGGUUAUUACGGCGGCUGGACUGGCAUUGAGCGAUGCUACAAUUUCAAUGUUUGAUAUUGUUACCGCCACAACGGCUGCUGUUUUUGGCGACAAGAUUUAUCUGGAUCCAACACUGGCUGAAGAACGGAUCUGUUUGGAAGGUAGUCGGGCUGGGAAUCAUGGCGUUUUAACUUUUGCCAAACUACACACUUUGGAUCAGACAUCGGAAUUGCGGCAGACGGGCAACAUUUCCUUGGAUGCGCUGAAGUUAGCUUGUCAACGGUUGAACCAGGCAAAUAACGAUAUUGCCCCGAUCGUUCAACAGAUGCUCGUUGGUAAAGUUCAGAAGCACUUGAACGAGAUUGAUUUGGAGGAAGAAGAUGAAUUGGAUAAUACAGACAAAGAUGAUUUGGAUUGUUCAAGCGUUAGUCAGAUAUCUUUAGAUUAGGAACCAUGAAUAAAAUUAUUCGGAUGUU